AUCCUCCAUUGUGAGCUGGGAGCCCGGACUUAGCAGCGAGGGGAGAGACCGGCAUUAACCCCCCCUCUGUGCCUAACCCAGGUGGGGACUUUCUCUGGUGGCUGGAACCAGCCCCCUGGGGCAGCCCCGGGCUCUGCUGACCUCAGCUGGAGACUCCAGAUGCCGGUGACCUUCGAGGAGGUGGCUGUGUAUUUCACCCAGGGGCAGGGGGCUCUGCUGGACCCCGCUCAGAGAGCCCUCUACAGGGACGUCAUGCAGGAGAACUACGAGACGGUGACCUCGCUGGGGCGUGCUGGGAUGAUGAGUGAGAACGAGGAGGAGAAUCCACAGCGGGAAGGUGGUGAGGACGUGGGUCUGCAGGGAACGGUAUUGGGAAGAUCCAAGCAGAAUUUUUAUAAGAAUCAUAAACCAGGAAAAACCUGCGAAAACCAGCGCAGGUCGGCGAGGCUGCUGGGAUAUGACCCAGGGAAGAAAACGUGUGAACCCAUAAAUGAUGGUGGAGAUUGCAAGGACCUCAAGGAAACCACAGCCCAGCAGAGAAUCCCUACAAAAGAGAGAAAAAACACAUGUACCGAGUGUGGGAAAAGCUUUAUUAGGAGGUCACAUCUUAUUUCCCAUCAGAGGAUCCACACUGGAGAGAAACCGUAUAAGUGCCUUGUCUGUGGGAGAGGUUUCAGCCAGACCGCACACCUUAUUUCACAUCAGAGGAUCCACACGGGAGAGAAACCCUAUAAGUGCCUUGAUUGUGGGAAAGGUUUCAUUCAGGGUUCACAUCUUCUUAGGCAUGAGAGAACCCACACGGGUGAGAAACCCUAUAAAUGCCUGGAGUGCGGGAAAAGCUUCAUUCAGAGCUCGGAUCUUAUUUCACACCAGAGAACCCACACAGGAGAAAGAGCCUAUAAGUGCCUUGACUGUGGGGAAAGUUUUGAUUGGAACAUGCAGCUUGUUAGACAUCAGAUGCACCAUACAGGAGAGAAACCCUACAAAUGCCUGGAUUGUGGGAAAGCAUUUAGUGACAGUUCAGCCCUUAUUAUUCAUCAGAGACUCCACACGGGAGAGAAACCCUAUAAAUGCCUCGACUGUGGGAGAAGAUUCAAUCAGAACUCACUCCUUACUAGACACAAGAGAACCCACACUGGAGACAAACCCUACAAGUGCCUGGACUGUGGGAAAAGUUUCAAUCAGAGCUCAUACCUAAUUGCACAUCAGAGAACUCACACAGGAGAGAGACCCUAUAUAUGCCCUGAGUGUGGGAAAAGUUUCAGUUGGAGCUCAGAUCUGACGGCACAUCAGAGAACCCACACAGGAGAGAGACCUUAUAAGUGCCUGGAAUGUGGGAAAAGAUUCCUUCAAAGCUCAAAUCUUAGUGUGCAUCUGAGAAUCCAUACGGGAAAAACACCCUAUAAAUGCCCCGACUGCGGGAAAAACUUCAGUCAAAGUUCAAACCUGACUAGACACCAGAACACCCACAUGUCAGGAAAAACCUCAUGGGGGCGGGGCAGGCCAGGCUGCUUGCCUUGGCACCCGUGCGAGCCGCUGCUUGAGGUGCCGGUGACCUUCGAGGAGGUGGCUGUGUAUUUCACCCAGGGACAGGGGGCUCUGCUGGACCCCGCUCAGAGAGCCCUCUACAGGGACGUCAUGCAGGAGAACCAUGAGAGGGUGACCUCGCUGGGGGGUGCUGGGAUGGUGAGUGAGAAGGAGAAUCCACAGCGGGAAAAUUGUGAGGACGUGGAUCUGCAGGGAACAGUAUUGGGAAGAACCGAGGGGAAUUUUUACCAGGAUCAUAAACGAGGAAAACCUUGUGGAAUGCAGCGUAGGUCGGAGAGGCUGCUGGGAUGCAACCCAGGGAAGAAACCGUGUGAACCCAUAAAUGAUGGUGGAGAUUGCAAGGACCUCAAGGAAAGCACAGCCAAGCAGAGAAUGCCCAGAGAAGAGAAAAAAAACACAUGCAGCGAGUGUGGGAAAAUCUUUAUUCGGAGGUCACAUCUUAUUUCACAUCAGAAGGUCCACACAGGAGAGAAGCCCUACAAGUGCCUUGUCUGUGGGAAAGUUUUCAGUCAGAGCUCAAAUCUUAUUUCCCAUCAGAGGAUCCACACAGGAGAGAAACCCUAUAAGUGCCUUGUCUGUGGGAAAGGUUUCAGUCACACCGCAAACCUUAUUUCACAUCAGAGGAUCCACACAGGAGAGAAACCCUAUAAAUGCCUUGACUGCGGGAAAGGUUUCAAUCAGGGUUCAAACCUUAUUAGGCACCAGAGAACCCACACAGGCGAACAACCUUAUAAAUGCCUGGAAUGUGGGAAAAGCUUCAUUCAGAGCUCAGAUCUUAUUAGGCACGAGAGAACCCACACAGGUGAGAAACCCUAUAAAUGUUUGGACUGUGGGAAAAGCUUUGUUCUGAGCUCAGAUCUUAUUUCACAUCAGAGUGCUCACACAGGAGAUAAACCCUAUAAGUGCCUGGAGUGUGGGAAAAGUUUCAAUCAGAGCUCAUACCUAAUUUCACAUCAGCGAACGCAUACAGGAGAGAAACCCUAUAAAUGCCUCGAGUGUGGGAAAACAUUCAGCUGGAACUCAAAUCUAAUUUCACAUCAAAGAACUCACACAGGAGAGAGACCAUAUAAGUGCCUGGACUGUGGGAAAAGGUUCAUUGACAACACAGCCCUUAUUAAACAUCAGAGAAUGCAUACAGGAGAGAGACCCUAUAAAUGCCUCGACUGUGGGAAAAGUUUCAGUCGGAAAUCAACCCAUAUUGGACAUCAGAGAAUCCACAGAGGAAAGAAACCUUGAAUGUGGGAGAAGCUUCAGCUGGGGUCAGCUUGUAUCACGCAUCAGGAAAGUCAUACAGGGAAUAGACCUCUUAAAUAUCUUUAACACGGAAAAUACUUAGAGUGGAAUUGACAUUAGAGACUCCUCACAGGAGAGAAAUUCUAUCAAUUCCAUCACUAGGAUUGGCCAUAGUUUAUUUUAAAAAAUCCAAUUCCCCUGCAUGUGUCUUGGAUUUCUUUCAUGCUAAGUCAGACUCGGGAGGGCUGCAGAUGAAAAUGUUGCAGACCUGGAGGGAGAAUUCAAAUGAAUCCCCCACACUGUGUGAUUGUUCUGAGCUUAAAUUCCAGUUUCCAUCAGAUGGGAAUUUGGGUUUUCUCCUUUCAUUAGGAUGGUGUUAAAACUUUUGUAACCAACAUGACAAUAUAAGAAGGCGCCGAAUGAAGCAGGUGUUGAUAGUUCAGAGUAGAGUAUGGGUAAGUCUGUUCUCCUGAUCUUGAAUCAUCUGGAACAUGCUCUGGGAUGUCACUAUAUAUGAACCUGAAAGUUUCUUAUAGUCCACCCUGUAUUGUGGAUUGUUCUCUAUUUGCUGAAGGCCGUUUGGUCACCUAGCAGUUUUGUUUUAUAGGACAUAGUGCAGAUUUAGUGGGGACUCCAAAAGACAAAUUACCAUUUGCCAGAACGCCCUUCCUUUAUUUGUACCAUUUCCCAAACCUUUGCCAUGAGAUCUUAGUGUUGUUUGAACAAUGAUUAUUAUACGUCACCAUCAGCACAAACACCAGUGGGGCCCAUCUGAGAGUCGCAGGCCGAGAGGCAGAGACUGAAACAGGGAAGGAAGUUCCUGCUGGGUUUUCUCUGAGAGCCAGACAGCCGAGGCUGAGAAUUGUUAACUGCUGAACUGAAGCCAGAGAGAGACAGGAAAUAGUCUGUGAUCACUGGGUGAAACUGUGUGAAAAGGGCUUCAAAUGAUGCUGCUUGUGGAGUUGCUGGUUGCAUCAGUGAUUCCUGGGAGGACAAGACUGAGCAGAGAUAGGACGGAAACUAGGGAAGUCAACAGGCCUGUCCGGCCCUGAGGCCAGCUGACGUCCAUCGCUGCGACUGGAGGGCAACGGGGAGUCUGUGAACCAAGAUUCUCACCCAUACCCCCUCUCUACAGUGUCUUUUACUGAGAUGACAGAGACUCUGUCUGUCACACUCAGCCUACACACGCCAAGGACGUCCCUGGGGGAUAAAACUCUCAGCCAGGAUUGGAGAUGCCGCGCUGUUGUCUGACUCCCGUUAACCCGAGCUCCUUGGCUUUCCUGCUCACGUCUCUAAUGGAUCCGCUGCCUUUUUCUGCCCACUGUACAACGUUGCUCCGUUGCUGAUGCCUGCGGGAGCCGGGAGCAGCACCGUGCUGGGCUGGGGCUGAAAUGCUUUGCGCUGAGCUGGGCUCUGGGUGUGAGGAGGAGAUUUUAGCUUUUAUUUCUGGCUUGGAAAGAAUAAAGUCGAAUUUAGUUUCUCAAACUCCCAGAGUCCUGUGUCUUGAAUCAUGAGUAAAAAUGGCCUUUAACGGACUCGGAGUCCACCUGGGAAU